UCCCUCUGCCGGAGCGGCUCGGUACUGCAGGAGCUGCAGCGGGACCAAGAUGGCGUCAGCCUGCAAACGGUGCUGAACUGAUCUCCAUGUUCUGGUGGAUCAGACGUCCAGAACCAGCACACAGAACCAGAACCAGCACCUGCAGCGCGGCUGACGCUCCGCUCCUCUCCGCUCCUCUCCAGCUCGGUAUCGAUCACUGAUCACUGAUCAGUGAUCAGGAUGUGUUGAGGUGACCGGACCACGGGCCAGCAGGGAGAACCGGAGCCGCGGGGGACCGGGAGGUUCUGGUGUCCAGGGUUCACACACCUGCAGGGUCGGUGCUGAGCGGAACCGGGGCUCCAGUGAGCUGGGCCCGAACCAGCAGGGUCUGGAGAGGUUCUGAGGAGAGGUCCGGGUCUGAGGAGAGGUCCGGUUCUGGGGAGAGGUCCGGGUCCAGGUCCGGUUCUGGAGGAAAACUGCACCUGUCUCAGGAGGUGGUGAUGCUGUGAGCUGGGGGCUCCGCCCACCCUGAGGAGGAGGAGCGGGGGCGAUGGCGGCAGAGCUCUUCUCCACCAGCCUCCCUCACAGCGAGGAGGUGGAGCUGCUGGAGGCCAAGAAGAGCUUCAUCCAGAGGAGCGACCCGGAGCUUUCAGCGGAGCAGGACGAUGAGCGACACGCUCAGACCAAUGACGACGACACCCAAGAGGGAGACGGCUGGCAGGCGGCCCACCCCACCCUGAGGGAGAGGAACGCACUGAUGUUCAACAACGAGCAGAUGGCUGACGUUCACUUCGUGGUCGGUCCUCCGGGAGAAACCCAGACGGUCCCGGCUCAUAAGUACGUGUUAGCGGUCGGCAGCUCAGUGUUUGGAGCCAUGUUUUAUGGAGAUCUGGCAGAGGGACAGUCUGUGAUCCACAUCCCUGACGUGGAGCCAGAUGCCUUCCUCAUGCUCUUGAAGUACAUGUACAGCGAUGAGAUCGAGCUGGAGGCCGACACCGUGCUGGCCACCCUGUACGCCGCUAAGAAGUACAUCGUCCCCGCGCUGGCCAGGGCUUGCGUCAGCUUCCUGGAGACGAGCCUGGAGGCCAAGAACGCCUGCGUGCUGUUGUCCCAGAGCCGGCUGUUCGAGGAGCCCGAGCUGACGCAGCGCUGCUGGGAGGUGAUCGACGCCCAGGCCGAGCUGGCGCUGCGCUCCGACGGCUUCUGCGAGAUCGACAAGCCCACGCUGGAGAUCAUCCUGCAGAGGGAGACGCUCAACAGCCGCGAGGUGGUCGUGUUCCAGGCGCUGCUCAGCUGGGCGGCGGCUGAGUGCCGGCGGCAGGAACUGGCGGUGAACCCCCAGAACCAGCGGCAGGUGCUGGGCAAGGCCCUGUACCUGGUCCGGAUUCCCUCCAUGUCCCUGCAGGAGUUUGCAGACGGGCCGGCGCAGUCGGGCGUGCUGACGCUGCAAGAGACGUACGACGUCUUCCUGUGGUUCACGGCCACCAGCAAGCCCGAGCUGGAGUUCCCCGCGGUGAAGCGGGCCGGCCUGGCGCUGCAGAGGUGCCACCGCUUCCAGUCCUCGGCCUACCGCAGCAACCAGUGGCGCUACCGCGGCCGCUGCGACAGCAUCCAGUUCGCCGUGGACCGCCGGAUCUUCAUUGCCGGGCUGGGCCUGUACGGCUCCAGCAGCGGCAAGGCGGAGUACAGCGUGAAGAUCGAACUGAAGAGGCAGGGCACGGUUCUGGCUCAGAACAUCACCAAGUUCCUGUCCGACGGGUCCAGCAGCACGUUCCCCGUGUGGUUCGAACACCCAGUCCAGGUGGAGCAGGACACCUUCUACACGGUCAGCGCUGUCCUGGAUGGCAACGAGCUCAGCUACUUCGGUCAGGAGGGGAUGACCGAGGUGCAGUCUGGGAAAGUCACUUUUCAGUUCCAGUGCUCGUCGGACAGCACCAACGGUACCGGCGUGCAGGGGGGGCAGAUCCCAGAACUGGUCUUCUACUGCUGAGAAACCCCAACCCCCCCCCAGAAACCCAGCUCCUGAUUGUGAUUUGUUCAAAGAACGACGACCAUUAAAGUUUGUGUCUGAAUCUCAA